AUCCCAGUCUCGGCAGAGUUCUCAGAUGGCGCAUCGAUCGGUUGAUUUGUCGGGGUGGUGUUCAGAGCUUUUUGAAUUGAUAAUGAUAAAUCUUAGCCACGGACGGCGGAGUCAGUGUCGACGAUGAAUACUACCACAGAAGUCAAAGUCUGCCUUCUUGGAGACUCCGGCGUUGGAAAAUCCAGCAUCCUUCAGCGGUUUGUGUACAAUACGUUUAAUUCCAGUGCGGAGAGCACUAUAGGAGCAUCAUUUAUGAUGAAAAACCUGGUGUUGCAUGACCGUACAUUCAAGUUUAACAUUUGGGACACUGCUGGCCAAGAAAGGUAUCGAGCUUUGGCACCAAUGUACUACCGAGGUGCUGGGGCUGCUGUCAUUGUUUAUGACAUCACGUCCAUGGAAAGCUUUAAUGCAGUGCAGAGUUGGGUGAGAGAGUUGCAGCUUCAUGGGGAUCCAAACAUCGCCUUGGGUAUUGCAGGCAACAAGUGUGACUUGGAAGAUCAUCGAGAAGUGAGUCUAGCAACUGGAGAGUCGUAUGCCCACCAGCAUGGUGCAGUUUUUGUUGAGACUAGUGCUCUUAAGGCUACCAAUAUCCAGGAGCUUUUUAUGGGAAUCGCCAUGAAGGUGCCGGUAGCCCAAGGAGUACGGCAACCUGAACUGAAGCUUAACAUCAAAAAGAAUGCGAACAAGAGGUGCUGCUGAGGAUUGAAGCCACGCAUCUUGGUGCAGAGACGUACGGAACAAACUGACCUUGUUUGCCAAAUGGCAUAUUACCUUGCUCCCUUUGCUUGAAGCUUGCCACAAGCCUUGUGCAUUCUGUAACGUGAGGCUGAAUGUGUCCACGCUGUUGGGAGUAUAACGCACAUUUUGGUCAUUGCACUUGGUAGUGUUCCAUCUUUGUUCUGUGAUUUGUUGUUUAAUGAUGCAACUGCACACUUGUUGUCUUUCACCAGAACCUUUAUAAAGUACUCUAGUACCAAGAACGGUUAGCACUUUAACACGACCUUCUUAUUACUCAGCAACGGAAAAGUAUUAUAUGUGGUUUUGCACAGCCAUGUAAAAGAUAUGGUGCAGGAGGCUGUACAUCAUAAACACUCCUGUGAAAGAUCAUUCCUUUUGCUUUAUUAAGCACCAGUCAUAAGUCUACGUUUGUCAUUGACAUGGAGGGCAUACAGCCAAGGAAAAUAAAAUAAUUCAGAAUGAUGAAUGGGAACACCUGAAGUCGUUACUUCUGGGUGAACUGCAUAUUUCAUAGUAAGUUCAAAAUCCUAAAAUUGUUGUUGACCUGUGAUAAGCAGUGCUUUCUCAUUUGAGAAGUGCAGUCACUGCACUAAACUGGCAAGCACCCCUUAUUGCUUGGUUCUAUUUCCAUUUUAAUGAGCUUAAUUGCAAGCCAGGUAAUCUUUAGUUGCUUCUAAAGACUCAUUGUUGUUGCUUCCAUGGUUUCGGCUUACAUGAUCCUUUGUGUGAUAGUGUACAGAACUUGUUUUUUUUUUAAGACGUAUAUUUGAUAUGUGUGAAAAACAGCGUAAGCCUCAGUGAACACUUUUUCACUGUGUUACAGUAACAGACUGCAGUUUGCUCAAACCAUUCUAUGGUUUUUGUUUUAGCUCAGACAGUACAUUAUCUAUAUUUUUAUUUAUAAAUGUAUUUCAUGCCUUUAUUUAACAGAUAGACUUUUCUAUUGUGGAUCACUUUACUUGUAGAUGCUGUCAUAAUAGCGAAAGUUUGCUGCGUCUUUGCGAUGUGGGGAUAUUCACUUGUGUUUUAUAUUCGUUUGAUUGUUUAUGGCCACUGUUCGCACAAUGUACGCAGGAUCUGCUUUUGUUAUUGUUUGAAACAUUUUGAUUGACUGUCACACUUCCUAUUUUGCUCAAAUAGCUUGAAGGAAAAUUUCGAAGCACUCGUCAGUAAUGCUGUAACCGUUGGGCUGAACUAAUUUACUUGGACUAUAUAACGAAGGCUUAAAAUUGAGCAGUUUAUAAGCUGAAUUGUUCGUUUUGUGAGUGUGAUUCUACUAUGACAAAAGCAUUUUCAUUGCUUAAUGUCUUAAGAAUGUGCCAUGGAGAUCUAGCCUUUGCAUAGAAGACAUUAAGCAUUAGGAUGCAUAUACCUUUAGUACAUUCUGAUCCUACACCUAAGUGUAAACAGAAAUACUGGCAUGUGAAACAGGUGUCUGCAUGUUUCUUUGAGGAACCCAUGUCAAUCAGUCAAACAGAAAUGUUGCAAAUGAUUUAAUGUGCAUUGUCGCACGUAGUUACAACAAAUGCUGUCAAAAGCAGGGCCUCAGUGCCUAUGGCAUUGCGCUGCUGAGCAUGAAAUUGCUGGUAAUGUCCCUUGCUGCAGCUGCUACGUUCUGGUGGGUUCAAGUGCAAAAAUUCUUGUGCACUGUACAUAGUAAAGAAGCCUAUGGGGCCACGAUUAAUUUGAUGCUAUUCACUGUGCUGUCCUUCAUAGCACCUUGUGCGGCUUUGAGGCAUUAAACCUCACAAUUUAAUUUAUAUUUAACAAAUUUCACAGCCAUGAAAGAGCUGUUGGUCUUGCAUUAACUUGUAUAGUGAAGGCACUAGCCCAGUGCAUUAGUUUUAAGAUGAUAAUCUUUCUCUAUCAAUACCCUCUUUGUGUGCUCCUUGCUAAAUGUUUUGUUUCAAGAUAGGAAACAUGGGAUGUGAAGGUUGUGUAAUGUUUGUAAUCGACUCUAUAAAUAGAAAUAUUAUGUUGAAUGAUUUGUGGUUACGGUGAGGAUUUACUGUCAGUGUUGGAAAACUAGAGAAUUGGAUGUAAUUAAGUGAUAAGAUUGAGUGACACAAAGCAACAGUGAGGGUCCAUGGUAGACAUUGUAAAGCACUCUAAAUUAAUUUUUACGACUUAGGGUUCUUUGUGCGUAACCAAAACUCUGUACAUGGGCAUUUUUACAUUCAGUUCCUACUAGAAUGUUGCCACUAUGGCCAGGUUUAGAACAUUCACCGUCAAUUGUAGUAAAUAACUUUCAAAUGCCAUUGGCAGAGGUACAAAAUAUAAAGCCAGCUUUAUUGCUUAUUUAGACAGGCUAUGUUCUGGACUGGUGUGUUAAAAAAAUAUUCGCAUGCAUAUUGAGGUGUGCUUAGUUCGUGUAAUAUAACGGAAGUUCCACUUAUUUGUCUCUGCAUAAUUCGUACCACUGGCCACCUGAGGUGGUAAUGGCUAGGCCCUGUUUUUAAGCCAGUGGCGAAGGAGAAGAUUAUAUAUAUAUAUGUAUGAAGAACUAGAAAAGCAUUACUAUUAUUUUGUCCCUGGUCUCUGUAUCAUUCUACAGAUGCCAUAGGAAAGGUUCUGAGAGUCGUUUGCUAUUACAGUUAAAUCUUGAUCAGCAAAACCCAAUUUUAUGAAGUUUCUGAUGUAACGAAGAAACUUGCAUUCCCUGGCAGGUACUUAUAGGAUUCAACGCUGUCAUCAACCCGAAUUAACGAAACUAAGUGGCUGUAAAACCCAAUUUAAUGAAGUUUUUCCCGACAAAUGAGUAAAAAAGUGGUGAUUUUUUAAAAUAGAUAUCACACAGACUGGUUUUCUUUGACCAUGCCCUAAAAACGUCUAGCCACCCUAUUCACAACCCUAGUUUUAUUUUGACGAGGCUGAACACCACGCCCAUGCACGAAACAACGGACUGAACAGUCGCUAGCGCUCUUACGUACAAGAUAGCGAUAGGGGUGGGGGUGGUUUCUUGUCCCUGUAAAUACUCCCACAGUCACACUACAGUGGUUGCAUUCGUUAUUUCAUCAUUUAUGAGACAUGUGGCUCUUA